GAACCAGCCAGAAACUCAGAUCCAGAUUUACAACCAGACAUCGAUUACAAGACGUCAGAAUUUUCUGUGGCUGAGAUCGAAGUCAGUUGUGAUGAUUGGGAAGAGUGCAGAGAACCUCCGUCAGGUCUGAACUCUCUGAACAAAAACCCUGUGAGUGAGAAGAAAAGUAAUACUGGUGAGAAACCAUUCAGCUGCUCUGAGUGUGGGAAGAAAUUUGCCAAAAACGGCUUCCUGGAGACACACAUGAGAACGCACACAGGGGAGAAACAGUUUAGUUGCUCAGUGUGUGGGAAGAAAUAUACAAUAUACAGAUAUUUGCUCCAACACAUGGCUGUCCACAGCGGGGAGAAACAACAACAAAACUGCAGCAUUUGUAGCAAAAGACUUGUUUGGCACUCGGGAGUCGAAUGCCAUAAUUGUGAUAAAAGUGAGUGUGAUAAAAGACUUUGUUACAGUCAUCACUUGAAGAAAGACAUGGGGACAGACGAGAAUCUAUUCAGUUGUUCAGUUUGUAGUAGAAAAUUCACACAGAGGGGAUAUCUGAUGCAACAUAUGGCACGCCACACAGGGAAGAUCCGAUUCCGCUGCUGUGUUUGUGACAAAAGAUUUGCUUGGCGUCAUGAGCUCAAGAGCCACAAAUGUGUUGGUGAUUCAUCACAGCCUCUUCAGAGCCAAAGUGAGGAGAACAGAGAGCCUCUAGCCAGCAUCUCUACUGAACGGAGGGAAACAGGAGCUGCUGGAGAGGACUCUGGAGGAUCAGAGUCUGAUGACAAGACUUCAGACUCUUCAGAACCUGAGACUGAAGUCAGAGAUGAUGAUUGCAAACAGACCAGGGAAACUCAGUCAGGUUUAAACUCUGCAACAAAUAAUGAAGUCCCUGUAAGUGAUGCAGGAAGCGGCAGUGAUAAGAAAUCUUUUAUCUGUUCUGAGUGUGGCAAAACAUUCUGUGGUGAGGAAAAUCUGAAGACGCACAUGAGAACUCAUGCGGGAGAGAAACCAUUCAGCUGCUCAUUUUGUGAGAAAGGGUUUACUCAAAAAGGAUAUCUGACAAACCACCUGACAGUCCACACAGAGGAGAAACGAUUCCUUUACUGUGUUUGUGGCAAAAGAUUCGCUUGGCGUUAUAAUCUCAAAAAGCACAAGUGUGUCCGUGAAUCCGCACAGCUUCAGCCGAGCCAGACAGAGAACAGAGAGGUGGAGUCUCUAGCCAGCAGCUCAAAAACUUCAGACUCUUGUAAACUUCAGAUUCAAGUCGGUACUGAUGAUUGUAAUGAGACCAGGGAAUUACAGUCAAGUUUAAACUCUCAGAAAAAUAAUGAAGUCCUCCACAGUGAUAUAAGUGAUGUUGCAGAGAGACCAUUCAGCUGCUCUCAGUGUGCUAAAAGGUUUCGGCGAAAGAAAAAUCUGCAAGAACACAUGAGAAUUCAUACUGGAGAAAAACCAUAUGGUUGUUCAGUGUGUAUGAAAUAUUUUUCUUGCAGCGGAUCGUUACGAAAACACCUGAGAAUCCACACUGGAGAGAAACCCUUCAGUUGCUCUGUGUGUGGUAACCGUUUUACUGAAAGUGGACAUCUGCAGUUACACAUGAGAACUCACACGGGAGAGAAACCAUUCAGCUGCUCAGUUUGUGGUAAAAGUUUUACCUGGAGGCAAAGCUUCAAUAAUCACAUGAAGUAUCAUACAGGAACAACCAGAGAAAUUAACUAGGUAUCCAAUAUGAUAUUCAGGAAGAGUCAAACUCUUCUAGUCAGAGUUGUAAAUACUUCUCAGGCACAGCUUGUGUUCAGUUAAAGUUGUAAGAUCUCUGUGCUGUUCACACAAAUUUCUCCCUCAUCUUUGUCAACUAGCCAAUCCAGUUGGUGCAGGUCAGCUGUACGUGAACCUUUUGCAGAAAUGUGUGUCACUGCACAGAUUAACUAACUACCAACCAUUACUAAACAUUUACUGAUUGUUAUAAACAAACAAAUCCAGUUUGAAUUAGUUUACUUUGUUAUAGACAUGCUACUCGUCUCUAUUUUUAGUUUCUUUUUCCUUCAAACAGAUAAAAACCACAUAAUACAACCUCUACAGAGUUAAAUACACAGAGGCAGUGCGACACAGCAGGGCAACAUUGUAGGUGUUUUCAGAUUUCACAUUAAAAUGAUCCAGGUAAUACGGCCCAGAGUCCAGACCCUGCGCAACCAACUCAAUAUGCACACAGUGCAAACCUGUCCGUGUGGAUGAGGGUUUAAUCCCGGGAAUCCCCAUGUAAACCAUUUCUAGUUUCCCGACUUCCUUUUGUAACCCCCACAGCCGCGGUGCGUUACGGUCACAGAAACAGCACAGAGAAUCCGAUCU